AUGGCGUCAUCAAUCACGAAGUUUGCUCACUUACAAAUCCCACUUGAAGACGUAGCAAAGGCCACCAACAACUUUCAUCAUGAUAACAUCAUCGGACACGGUGGAUUUGGACCAGCAUACAAAGGACAACUUCUGUUGUCGGGGAAGUUGAUCAAUAUUGCUGCACGGAGGUUAGUUCGUAAGCAUGGGGAAGGAGACAUUGAGUUCUGGACGGAAAUUUCAGCACUUUCUGAUCUCAAGCACUCAAAUCUAGUCUCCAUUAUUGGGUUUUGUAAUGAGAAAGAUGAGAAGAUCAUCAUAACCACAUAUGAGGCCAACGGAAGUCUCAAGGAGCAUCUAAAUAGCCCGAACCUCACAUGGACUCAAAGAUUAAGGAUAAGUGUUGGUGUGGCUCGUGCGUUGGCUUACCUGUAUUACGACGAGGGACGCAAUUAUGGUGUUAUACAUCGAAACAUCAACACCUCCACAAUUUUAUUAGAUGAGAACUGGGAACCCAAAUUAUCCGGUUUUGAGAUUUCAAUUAAACAAGCUGUUAACCGAAUGGACAAGGUCAUAUUUUCUGAACCUAUUGGCACAAUAGGGUAUAUGGAUCCAGAAAUUGAGAAGACCAAAGGUGUGACCCACAAGUCGGACAUCUACGCAUUCGGUGUGGUUUUAUUCGAAAUAUUGUGCGGGAGGAGAGCAUUUAUUAAGAACGAGGCUAAUAGGUUCCUAACUAAAUUGGCCAAACGUCAUUAUGAAAGCGAAACAAUGCAUGAUAUAAUCCAAGCUGAUAUAAGGAAUCAAAUGUCCCAGUUUCAAAUUUCCCUAGGAUCGCUCAAAAAAUACUCAAAUACAGCGUACUACUGCUUAAAGGAAGACCGAGCACACCGCCCACAUAUACUAGAUAUUGUUGAUGAACUUGAAAAUGCAUUGGAGAAAGCAUUGAGGUUUCAGCCACUAACUGAAAAUUUUGUUAUGUCUUGA